UCAGAAUUUGAGGCAGAACUGAAAUCUGCUGGUGAAAAGCUUGUAGUAGUUGAUUUUUCUGCCACUUGGUGUGGACCAUGCAAAACAAUCAAGCCCUUUUUUCACAGUUUGUGUGAGAAGUUUGGUGAAGUAGUGUUCAUUGAAAUUGAUGUGGAUGAUGCUCAGGAUGUUGCUAUGCACUGUGAUGUCAAGUGUAUGCCAACAUUCCAGUUCUACAAGAAUGGAAAGAAGGUGCAAGAAUUUUCUGGGGCCAACAGAGAGAAGCUGGAAGAGACCAUUGAAAGUCUAGUCUAGUCUCGUCUCCAGCUGUGGAGCCGUUUGGAGCAUGACUGCUAUGCUUAGGCUAAAUCAGUCCAACUCUUCUACUUAAAUCUAAGCAAGCUUGCUAGAACAUGUCAUGGAAAUUGUCCUCUUGGUCUACGUAAAUGAGUACAAUAAAAUGUGACUUCGUCACUUUUGGAUAUUA